AUGCCUUUGCACUUAUUAGGGAAAAAGUCCUGGAACGUCUACAAUGCCGACAACAUCGCAAGGGUCCGCCGCGACGAGGCCACGGCCAAGGCUGCAGAAGACGCAGAAGACCAGCGCAUGCAAGAAAUCGAUGCCCAGCGCCGACUAGCAAUCCUACGAGGCGAAGCACCACCGCCCAUCACCUAUGACAAGGAAGAUGAACCAGUUGAAUCACACAGGCCGAGCAGGGAGAGCGGCCCAGAUCACCAUGGGAGCGCACGUCGAAAGCGAAAGCGCCCUGGCGAAGACGACACAGAUUUCGAAUUGAGACUCGCAAAACAGAGAGCAGAGCCAGCAAACACGUCACUUGAAGGAUCCCAAAGAACAAGCAGUUCGGCACCCAUCGUAGACCACCGCGGCCACAUCGACCUAUUCGGAGACGAAAAAACCAGGGCCCAUGCAGAAAAGAACGAAGAAGCAGAGAUGGAGUCGCAAAAGAAGAAGCGAGAAUAUGAAGAUCAAUAUACCAUGCGAUUAUCCAAUGCAGCAGGCAAAAACGGAACCAAUCGGCCGUGGUACUCACAAGCAGAUGCUGAGAGAGGAGACGCGCCUUUGAAAGAUGUAUGGGGUAAUGACGAUCCCAGGCGAAAGGACAGGGAUGAGAAACGCAUAGUCGCCAGUGACCCUCUUGCGAUGAUGAAGAAGGGGGCGUCACGGGUGAGGGAAUUGAAACAGGAGCGGAAGAAAUUCCAGGAAGAGCGGGAGGAAGAGUUGCGUCAGAUGCGGAGGGACGAAAGGCGCAGGGAGAAGCAUAGGCGGAGAGAGGACCGGGAAACAAGACGUCGUAGUGAAUCACCGAGAUCGGAUAGGAGUCGGCGUCGGUCAAGAGAUAGGCGCGAUGAAAAGGAUGAUAGGGAGCGAGAUAGGGGUAGAAGGAGGGAUAGAGAACGAGAACGUUCACACCGACGUGAGUCUCGUUCUCAAGAAAGGGAACGGCGUCAUCGUCAUUAUGAUUAA